UUCCUAAAAAGCUGAUUAAUCAUUUUAGGAAAAAUAGAGUAUAUCCUUUUAUUUAGCACCAUAUAUUUCAAAUGUCAACUUUUAAUCAUUUUGCCACUCAUGCAAUACAUUCAGGUCAAAAACCUGAAGAUUGGAAUUUUUUACCUCUUGUUCCUCCCAUAUCAUUAGCCACAACCUUUAAACAAAAAUCACCUGGACAACCUGAGAAAUAUGAUUAUUCACGAAGUGGGAAUCCAAGUAGAGAGGUUCUGGAGACAUGCCUUGCAUCUUUAGAAGAUGCAAAAUUUGCUCUCACAUAUUCCUCUGGAUUAUCAGCCUUAAAUAAUAUUAUAUCUUUACUGAAAUCAGGAGAUCAUAUUUUAUGUGUUGACGAUGUUUAUGGAGGGACUUUUAGAUAUUUAGACAAAGUUGCUACAAAAUUUAGAAUAUCUACAACAUUCAUUGAUGCAACCGAUUUACAAAAGGUUGAUGAUGCUUUGAAGUCUAACCCCAAGAUGAUUUGGAUUGAAACGCCUACUAAUCCAACUUUGAAGAUAAUUGAUAUAGCUGAAAUAUCGAAAAAAUGUAAAGAAAUUAAGCCCACUAAACCGAUUGUUGUUGUCGACAAUACUUUUUUAACUCCAUAUUUUCAACGCCCCUUAAAUUUAGGAGCUGACAUUGUCACGCACUCACUCACAAAAUAUAUGAAUGGGCACACCGAUGUAGUUAUGGGCUCAAUAUGUGUUAAUGAUGACACGUUAUAUAAAGAACUAAAAUUUCUUCAAAAUGCUAUUGGGGGUGUACCAUCGCCUUUUGAUUGUUUUUUGGUUAAUAGAGGUAUUAAAACCUUACAUGUUAGAAUGAAAGAGCACUUUUCCAAUGGUUUGAAGAUAGCUCAAUAUUUGGAAAAUCACGCAGGAGUUGAAAAAGUGUUACAUCCAUGGUUACCCUCGCACCCUCAUUAUGAAUUAGCUAUCAAGCAAACUAAGGGGCACAGCGGAAUGAUUACUUUUUAUAUUAAAGGAAAUCUUGAACAAGCAAAAAUAUUCUUACAAAAUUUGAAAAUCUUUGCUUUAGCUGAAAGCUUAGGAGGUUAUGAAAGUUUAGCCGAACAUCCGGCAUUAAUGACACACGCUUCCAUACCUAAGUUAAAAAGAGAGGCGAUUGGUAUCACUGAUAAUUUAGUUCGGUUAUCUGUUGGAAUUGAAGAUUAUCAAGAUCUUAUUAAUGAUAUCGAUCAAGCCUUAAAAAUCGCCUUAAACAUAUCUCACUUGAGGAAGAGGAUAUACUUCAAACGGAUAUCCUACUUUAAUGGAAACGACAAGAAAGCAAAGAUAUCAAUUCCUGCAUCUAGUGCUUCUUCCGAACGCGGAUUUAGCAUUGCUGGAAGAUUUUUAGAACAAAAAAGAACGUGUUAGAAUCCAG